AAUUACAUUCGUUCUGCGUUGCGCUAUCCGCUUCAUGAAAUUGCUCCGACCAAUGAGCGUGAUCUUUGCAAAUUCAAAUGCCAUGAUGUAAGAUGAAAACCGGUAGAGCUAGCUGAAGUUUUCAUGUCAAGUUAUGUUUAUAAGUUUUGAAAGUAAUGUGAUACAUCUAUGCAUAGAUAUACGGAGUGUUAUGUCAUAUAAGGACAAGUAACUGUUGUACACAAAUAUAAAUUUUUAAUCUUCGCGUAAGGGUCUCGUAAUAUAUGCGUGCAUAGCAUACAUUCUAUUGACGAUUCUUCUUGUCAAACCGAUCUGCAGCCUACAGCCAGGCUGUUUAAUUUGACAGAUCAGUAAUAUUUGUUCUCUGAAAACUGUCGAUAAUGUCAAAUCUUAUGGCAAACAAUAAUCACAGUUUUGGUAGCACAAACGCUGACAAAGUGCCAUCACAGAAUACUACAUUACCAAAAUCUCAGCCAGUACGCCUCUUGCAUUUGUGUGAGAGCGACGAUGAUGAUGAUGAUGACGAAAGCGAAGAGAAACCCCAUGAAUCUGAAGAUUUAUCAGAUUUGGAUGAGUCAGGUAAUUCUGCUGAGGAUGUACUGCCGGAUUCGUGUAUACAUGAAGCAGCAGACAUUAAUUCUAUGAUUGGCUCAACUCUAGACAAACCCUUGAAAACUAUAUUAUCAAAAGAUAUUAGUGCAUCUGUGACUGAUAUUUCACCUGUACAAGAAAUAAGCUGUGCUAACAGUAACACAAAAUGCAAAAAUGAUGUAAAUUCUGAAAGUCAUCUACUAGGUGAUAAUUCAAAUAAAUUAAGAACAUAUGACUCGAAACAGGAGGAAAAAUCACAGGAUUCUCAUAACUGUACGUUAACUUCCUCAAGGAGCCAAUCUAGCAUUACUCAGAACUUGUCAACAGAACUGAGUUUACUUCUUCCACCAUCUUACAAAGAAAAUCCCCAUUACAGUGCAAAAUCUGAUAAAAGUAAGAAUCUGCAAUUGAUAAUGAAUAGUGCUCAGUCGCAUCACGAAAAUGUUUACAUAUCUGAUAUGUCGAAUAAGAAAAAGGAGGAACACUCUUAUAACACAUUGAUUGAUAAUAAACUGCUGCACAGGAAUAACGAGCAUUUGAAUUUAAGUAAGGAGGACCAGCGGUACAAAAAAAUGCUAUAUGAUUUUAACAACCAACAUGCGAAUAAGAAUUGUGACAAAGAGCUUCGCAAGAUCCCAAUUGUUGUAUCAGAAUCUGCUGACUGUAUACCUCAAAACUUGUCUGGGAACUUGUUAAAUCCUGUAAUAUAUAACAACUUGCAAUACAGCAUAUCCAAGCACGAAGCGAACGAAAAGUGUACACCGGCGAAAAACCCUGCACUGUGCACACAUGUGAAAUCAAGUACACCAUCGUUGAAUGAAAUUCAGGGAACAUCGUUACCUACUCCGAUUAAUCGUUUGGUUUUGGAGACUCCAUUGAAACAUUCGCAAGUCGGUUCAAUGCAUCCGAAUCCAUGCGCAUCUCAUAAACAGCUAUUUCGAACUCCGCAGAAUAAAUUGUCCGACAAUUCAAGCAAAAAUUGCAUUCAGACGCCUUCCACGAUAUUGUCCAGUUGGUGCUACAAUAAUACAAGACAUACACCAUUGGAGGGAAAGAAUCUCGUUGCAAAAGAUCACAUGCAAAUAUCUAGAAAUACGAUCUGUACGCCUGUCGUAGAGAAUUCGGACUUGGCGAGAUUGAAUGUCACGAACGUGAGACGACCUUUAGUGGACGCUACAUUAACAUAUGGCGAUUCUUCUACAGCUCAUCCUUUGGAGUCGAAACCCGUUGCGUUACGUGAAACCAAGACUGUUGCGUUACCACAGGAAGACAGAAGCAAGAGGCCGAUUGUUGUACCUGAUGCAAAAUUGGUAAUGCGGACAGAACUGAAUUACCAUAAAGAUCCGAAAUUUGUGAAGUUUACCGAGGAAACAAAGGAGAACAAACAGUUGACCAAUAUGCCCGACAUGUUGCUAGCAAGUAACACAAAAAUUGUGCCGAGUAAAAACGAAAUCAAACGAAAUGUGAUAAUCGGAUCUGAUACGAGCCUAAAAAAGGAUUCCUUGCAAAUCCUGAAAAAAUAUAGCGAAGAAGAUUACGGAAUCGUUUCGGAAUGCAAAAACUCGCACGAGUGUUAUUCGGCUUCCGAAAAGAAACGCGAAGAAGAACAACAACAGAUCGUAAAUAGAAUGGCGAGCAUGCAGUUUACUGUACCGUUGAGCAUUCCACCCCAACGACAAAGCAAAACGUUACAUGUGAAGAAUAGAGAAUAUCUGAUUCUGGGCUCUCUUGGUCGUGGAAUGAGCGGCGAGGUUCUGCGAGUGCAGGAUGUAUCCUUCGGCGAGUUACGCGCAAUCAAAUGCGUGAACUUGAGCAAGAUGGACAAAGAGUCGGCCCAAGGCUGCUUGGACGAGAUAUCUAUGUUGCAAAAAUUACAGGCGCCCUGCGUCGUUCGAAUGUUCGAUUAUGAAAUCAGAGACUCUAUGGUUUAUGUCGUGAUGGAAAUGGGUGACACCGAUCUCAGUAAACUUCUCAAGUCCAUGUCCCAGGAAAAGCAAAUUUCUCUCACAAUGAUUCUGUAUUAUUGGACCGAAAUGCUUACUGCUGUAAAACACAUACAUGAUAAUGGAGUCAUACAUUCGGAUUUAAAGCCGGGGAAUUUUUUACUUGUACGAGGCCGGCUCAAAUUGAUAGACUUCGGCAUCGCCUCCAGUUUAAAUUCAGACAUGACAUCUGUUUUGAAAAGUAAUACAAUUGGAACAUUGAAUUAUAUUAGUCCAGAGGCCCUGAUGGACAUCGGCGGUAACGCGGAUUCGCCUACACACAAUGUUAAAUAUAAGAUCAGUUUCAAGUCGGAUGUAUGGUCGUUGGGGUGCAUCCUGUACAGCCUAGUGUAUGGUCACACACCUUUCCAACACAUACGUUCCCAAUGGGCAAAGGUAAACGCCAUAACUAAUCCGAAACCAAAUAUCUCGUUCCCGGCCACGACGUUCUCUUCUUCGACGAGCGACAAAAGUCUUCAAGAUUACGAGCGCACGCCGCCCGUUUUGAUCGACGUGAUGCGCAAGUGUCUUCAGCACGACCCGAAAGCGAGACCAACAGCGUCGCAAUUGUUGCAGGUGCAAUAUGUGCCCACUACGCAAAAUAUCACGUCGAACAUGAUGCCUGCCGACAUUCCAGCAAACGUCCUCGUGAAAAUAAAACAAGCUUUGAACGAAGAAGAGUGGAGACAAUUGGUCCAGGUAUUAGACACAAAGCGACAUUAUACUUGAUAUUAUUAAAAUAAUAACUUAUCAAUUUACUGAUGUACAUAUGUAUGUAUGUGUAUAUAGUAAAAAUAUUUUAGCAAAUCGAAUGACAAUUGUUUCUUCUAAUUUGGAAUAUAAAGGGAAGUUGGAGGGAGAGGGGGAUUCACCAGCAUAUAUGUAUAUAGAAAGCGAGGGGGAGGGAAGAGAAAUGUAACAGAAAGAAUAUAUAGAUUAUAAAUAAAAUUGAAUCCAAAUAUUACAUUUGUCUAUGCAUCAUGAAUAUGAAAUUUUAUAUAAAAUAUCGAAAACAUAUUGUGAACAAGUUUUGAUUUCUUUUUUGUUAAAUUAAAAAUAUUCUUUCAUUUCAUACUUUGCACACACAUACAAAUUAGUAUUUGCUACUUGCGAAGACUCAAUGUAAUUAAUAGUUUCAUAUUCGUAAAUUUUGUAAAUUCUGCAAAUUAUGAAAUACGGAUUGAACCAUUUACGGUUUCAUUAUGUUACUUUAUUGCUUUCGCAAUAUAGAAGGAACGAUAAAUUCAA